AUUAGUGCAGCGCCAGAGCUGCAGAGGCCCCAGGGGCCUGGUCUAUGUGUGGCGCGCCACAGGGAGGCCCUGGUAGGCGCCUGCAAGUCAGUUGCGGGGCUUGGGGGGCGGCUAGGGAACCUCAGCGGACGGCGACCAGGGGUGAGUGGAGCCGUUGAGACCCGGAGCCUGGCGGUAGCAGAGACGGCCCGGAGCUCAGGCGGAGCACAGCGCUGGCGGUCGGCGGGGCUGCCCGGCGCGGCUGUCCUGGCAAUGUGUGGCACUGAAGUGGCGGUGGGAGCAGCGGCGGCGGCGGCUCAGCUUCGGCUUUGCGGCGGUGCCGGCGGCGGAGACGGAGGCGCAGGCUCUUCCUGAGGACCUGGCGAGCUCGGGGCUAAGCGGUGGCCCAGCCAGGCCCCUGCACAGUGCCCUGAGCCAGGGCCCUCCUUGCUUCGCCCUGCCUCGGGAGCCUGCCUCCCCUGCUGGGGAUGAGGCCGAGAGGCGGCCGCGCGGGGCCCAGCACAAAGGCUUGUCCCCAGGGGCCACCUCCUCCAUCACUGCUGCCACCGCCAGCUUAGAGCCGCCUGCUGAAGCUGAACCAGUGGCGCCGGGACCCUGGUCCCCCUCUGUCCACGGGGGUGGCUGCUGCCAGUCUUCUCGAAGCCCCUUGCUCCCUCGGCUGCGGUGGGACGGGGCAGCUGCGCAGCCUCCGCCACUCCCGUCAGUCGGGGGUCCACGGAGGAUGUCAGAAGAGAGCGAGAUGGAGAAAGCCAUCAAGGAAACCUCCAUUUUAGAGGAAUACAAUAUCAAUUGGACUCAGAAGCUGGGAGCUGGAAUUAGUGGUCCAGUUAGAGUCUGUGUGAAGAAAUCUACCCAGGAACGAUUUGCACUGAAAAUUCUUCUUGAUCGUCCAAAAGCUAGAAAUGAGGUACGUCUGCACAUGAUGUGUGCCACACACUCAAAUAUAGUUCAGAUAAUUGAAGUGUUUGCUAACAGCGUACAGUUUCCUCAUGAGUCCAGCCCCAGGGCUCGACUCUUAAUUGUAAUGGAGAUGAUGGAAGGGGGAGAACUAUUUCACAGAAUCAGCCAGCACCGGCACUUUACAGAGAAGCAAGCCAGCCAAGUAACAAAGCAGAUAGCGCUGGCUUUGCAACACUGUCACCUGCUGAACAUCGCACACAGGGAUCUCAAGCCUGAAAAUCUGCUAUUCAAGGAUAACUCUUUGGAUGCCCCAGUGAAGUUAUGCGACUUUGGAUUUGCCAAAAUUGACCAAGGUGACCUGAUGACACCUCAGUUCACUCCUUAUUAUGUAGCACCUCAGGUACUGGAGGCACAGAGAAGGCAUCAGAAGGAGAAGUCUGGCAUCAUACCUACCUCGCCAACACCCUACACUUACAACAAGAGUUGUGACUUGUGGUCCCUAGGGGUGAUAAUCUAUGUGAUGCUGUGUGGAUACCCUCCUUUUUACUCCAAACACCACAGCCGAACGAUUCCAAAGGAUAUGCGAAGAAAGAUCAUGACUGGCAGUUUCGAGUUUCCAGAGGAAGAGUGGAGCCAGAUCUCAGAGAUGGCCAAAGAUGUUGUAAGAAAGCUCCUGAAGGUCAAACCAGAAGAGAGACUCACCAUCGAGGGGGUGUUGGACCACCCAUGGCUCAACUCAACAGAGGCCUUGGAUAAUGUGCUGCCUUCUGCUCAGCUGAUGAUGGAUAAGGCGGUGGUUGCCGGAAUCCAGCAGGCUCAUGCAGAGCAGUUGGCCAACAUGAGAAUCCAGGAUCUGAAAGUCAGCCUAAAACCUUUACACUCUGUGAACAACCCCAUUCUGAGGAAGAGGAAGUUACUCGGCACCAAGCCAAAAGAUAGUGUAUAUAUCCACGACCGUGAGAAUGGAGUUGAGGAUUCAAAUGUUGCCUUGGAAAAGCUCCGGGAUGUGAUAGCUCAGUGUAUUCUACCCCAGGCUGGAGAAAAUGAAGAUGAGAAGCUAAAUGAAGUAAUGCAAGAGGCUUGGAAAUAUAACCGAGAAUGUAAACUCCUAAGAGAUACUCUGCAAAGCUUCAGCUGGAACGGUCGUGGAUUCACAGAUAAAGUGGAUCGACUAAAACUGGCAGAAAUUGUGAAGCAAGUGAUUGAAGAGCAAACCAUGUCCCAUGAAUCCCAAUAACAACAGCUUCAAAGUUGUGUUUUUUUUACAAUUGAAAUUGUAUUCUUUAAUGUAUAAAGUAAUUUUAUGUAAAUUAAUAAAUAAUAAUUUCAUUUCCACACUGUUUAAAGAUGCUGUAUAGAUUUAGAUACAGGAUUCACUAGUAGUAUAGUUUUGUUUUUAGGAAAAGCUCAGACCCUAGAGAUACCCUAUUACUUUAGGAUUAUUUAAUCUUCUGUUUGUAAGAUGACUGAUGGUAUUGUCAAGCAAGAUUGUUUUAUUUGUAAUAAAGUAUAUAAAAACCACUUGUCAGAGGUGACAAAGGACCAACUUUCGUGAUCUUUCUGCUCAGUAAACUCUUGAAUCAAGUACUGUG